AUGGUGGUGCGCAGCUACUCGCGGCGGUGCGCCCGCCCGGCCCCCGCGCCCCGGGGCGCUGACUGGGCACUGCCGCCCGUCUCGCACCGGGGCAGCGGUGGCGGCGCGGGGCGCGCUCCCGCAGCGCCGCCCGGGCGGUCCGUGCGCGCCGCUGCGCGGGACGAGCGGCCGCGUCCCGGGCACCGGAGCGCGCCCCGCGGGGCCCUGCGCGGGCCGCUCGAGUUUGGCCGGGGCGGCCGCGGGGCCGAGCGUGCAGGGCACGGAGGGCGGCCGCGGGCACCGCGCGCCCGGCCGGCACCGGGGAACGCGGCGCUGCCCGCGGGCGGGGGAGGGGAGGGCCGCCCUCCGCGUGUGUGUGUGCCUGGUUUGUCACCGGGUUUCAGUUGCGGGGGGGUGUCAAAGCACAACAUAACCACAGGCGGGGCGAGGGCUGGCGGCACCCCGGGGCAUCCCCGGGGGCGUUGGCGGCGGCGCCUCCUCGAGCCGCGCGUCCCGGCGUGCGGGACCGACGCAGGUGGGGGAGGGCGCGCCGGUUCGCCCCCCAGCCGCCCCGGCCCUCCCGGUGCGCCCCCUCCCCCGCCGUCCCCUCCCUCGCUCCCGCCCGGUGGCGGCGGCCCCGGGCGCGGCUGUGGCUCCCCCUCGGUGCUGCUCCCGCCGCCGCCGCGCGUCCGCACCGGCCCCGCCAGCCCCCCCUCACCGCCAUUCCGCCCCAAAACUUUCCGUUUCCCCCAUCCCACUCUCCGGGACUUCCUUGUGCCGCCCGUGCGCGCGGAGGGGGGGGAGGAGGCGUGUGCGGCGGCGGCGAGGGGGGAUUCGCAGCCUCCUGGCAGGCUGGCCGGGACCCCGGGGGAAGAGGAGUUGCACCAUGCGCGGCAAGUGAGGGAAAGUCUCCGCCAGCAGCAGCGCCGCCGCCCCCCGCAGAAGUUGGGGCUCUCCCCGCCCGCGGGAGCGGGAGCUGUGCCUUUAACGCCCGCUGCGCCGCGAGCCCCCCGAGCCCAGCCCAGCCCGGGGCCCGCUGCCCCCCGGCGUCCCCUCUACAGCCUGACCCGCCCGGGGGGGAGGGGGUCGCUCAACCGCCGCUUGUUAUGA